UUUGCCUUCCUGUGCACGAAAAUGGCGGAUACUGACGAGCCGGAGAAGAAAAGAAGGAGAGUAGUGGAGCUGACUGAGAAGAUGGUGGUGGAUGGAGGCAGCAGAGACGGGGGCGAAUGGGACGGACGAUGGAACCACAUCAAUACGUUUCUGGAAAGACCAGGACCUUUCACUCACCCUGACUUUGAACCGAGCACAGAGUCGCUCCAGUUUUUGUUAGACACCUGCAAAAUACUUGUUAUUGGAGCAGGUGGCCUUGGAUGUGAACUUCUCAAAGAUCUGGCCUUGUCAGGUUUUCGUCACAUACACGUUGUUGACAUGGAUACCAUUGACGUUUCCAACCUCAACAGACAGUUCCUCUUUAGGCUAAAGGAUGUGGGUCGGCCAAAGGCAGAAAUUGCAGCGGAUUUUAUCAAUGGACGCAUUCCAGGAUGCAACGUGGUCCCCCAUUUCAAGAAAAUACAAGACUUUGAUGAGUCGUUUUAUAGACAAUUCCACAUAAUAGUUUGUGGACUCGACUCCAUAAUCGCCAGGAGAUGGAUGAAUGGCAUGUUGCUGUCUCUGCUGGUUUAUGAAGACGGGGUGCUGGACCCCAGCUCCAUCAUCCCGCUGAUUGACGGGGGGACAGAGGGCUUCAAGGGAAACGCUCGGGUCAUCUUUCCUGGCAUGACUGCCUGCAUCGACUGCACCCUGGAGCUCUACCCACCACAGAUUAACUUCCCCAUGUGUACGAUAGCCUCCAUGCCCCGGUUACCAGAACAUUGUGUUGAGUAUGUCCGCAUGCUGCUGUGGCCUAAAGAGAAACCCUUCGGAGAUGGUGUGGGGCUGGACGCAGAUGACCCGGAGCACAUCCAGUGGGUGUACCAGAAGUCUCAGGAGCGGGCAGCAGAGUUCAGCAUCACAGGAGUCACCUACAGACUCACCCAGGGUGUUGUAAAGAGGAUCAUCCCGGCUGUGGCGUCCACAAAUGCAGUCAUUGCUGCUGCUUGUGCCACGGAGGUCUUCAAAAUAGCAUCAAGUGCCUACAUUCCUCUGAACAACUACAUGGUGUUCAAUGACGUUGAUGGUCUGUAUACCUAUACGUUUGAGGCAGAGCGAAAGGAGAACUGUUCAUCCUGCAGCCAAGUCCCCCAGGACCUGCACUUCUCUCCCUCAGCCAAGCUCCAGGAGGUGCUCGAUUACCUGACUGAAAACGCUUCUCUACAAAUGAAAUCUCCAGCCAUCACUGCGACAUUGGAAGGAAAAAAUAAAACAUUGUAUUUGCAGACUGUCGCGUCAAUUGAACAGAGGACACGCCCCAAUCUGAGCAAGUCACUGAAAGAGCUGGGUCUGUUAGAUGGUCAGGAGCUGGCCGUAGCUGAUGUCACCACUCCCCAGACUCUGCUCUUCAAACUCAGCUUUACCUCUUAGCACCAGCAUGUUCUCCCCAACAUCAAACACCACACGUCUUUGUUAUUACUUUUCUAACAGAGUACCGGGUAUUUGAAACGGCAAAUAAACUAGAAGUUUUACAGUGUAUUUAAGUGAAUAUGUAAAUAAAUGUAAUUCAUAUCCAGUUCUCUGACAUACUUGUAGACUCAAGUCUAUGAAUGCAUUUGGUUGUGGAAAGCCAAACUACUCCCCUGUCAUAUUUGAUCAUAUCUGCAACUGUUUGUGAUGCAUUUGCGUUAUAUGCACUGAAACCUCUCAAGCUCUCUUACACUGGAGAAAAAAACAGUACCAUAUUUAAAUUGAUUUCUAUUACAGUUUCUUGUGAGUUCAAUUUAGUUUUAUUUCGUUGCAGUAACUCCUUCAUGGGGUUUUGCACACCCAGACACAACCGGGAAUAAAUGUUUUCCUGUACAA